GGGCUCGGCCUGAGGUCCCGGCUGCCGCGGCGUCGUCCCCGGCCUUCGCGGGCGGACCUCCCUGCCGCAGCCUCCUCCACCCGGACCCCGUUCCACCCUGAGGCUGCUGCCCCAGAGCUUGGGGGCGCCCACCCUGACCUACCCCAGUUCCCUCGGCGCUGGGCGGCGGGGCCCUUCUCGCGCGGACGCCCCGCUGCAGCCGCCCCUCCGCCGUGCCGCCCCCCGCCCCUCGUGCCCCCUUCCGUACGAAGCUGCCCUCCACCCGCACCCCGAAUCUGGAAUCUCCCACCGGUUACGGGAGUCCAGAGGGUCCCUGCCCACGCACGUCGCCUCCCGGGGCGCGAGCAGGACCCUGCCCCGUCCCCUUCAACACCCUUUUCCCGAGCUCCUUCGGACCCAGGACUCGGCCUGGACACAUCCCAGUCAGGUGGCCUCUGAAGCCCGGUGGAGCUUCAACCCCCUAAGAACAUCAUGGCCAGCCCAAGAACCAGGAAGGUUCUUAAAGAAGUCAGGGUGCAGGAUGAGAACAACGUUUGUUUUGAGUGUGGCGCAUUCAAUCCUCAGUGGGUCAGUGUGACCUACGGCAUCUGGAUCUGCCUGGAGUGCUCGGGGAGACACCGCGGGCUUGGGGUGCACCUCAGCUUUGUGCGCUCUGUUACUAUGGACAAGUGGAAGGACAUUGAGCUUGAGAAGAUGAAAGCUGGUGGGAAUGCUAAGUUCCGAGAGUUCCUGGAGUCUCAGGAGGAUUACGAUCCUUGCUGGUCCUUGCAGGAGAAGUACAACAGCAGAGCCGCGGCCCUCUUUAGGGAUAAGGUGGCCACUCUGGCCAAAGGCAGAGAGUGGUCUCUGGAGUCAUCACCUGCCCAGAACUGGACCCCACCUCAGCCCAGGACGCUGCCGUCCACGGUGCACCGAGCCUCUGGCCAGCCGCAGAGUGUGACUGCCUCCUCGGACAAGGCUUUUGAAGACUGGCUGAAUGAUGACCUCGGCUCCUAUCAAGGGGCCCAGGGGAAUCGCUACGUGGGGUUUGGGAACACGCCACCGCCUCAGAAGAAAGAAGAUGACUUCCUCAACAACGCCAUGUCCUCCCUGUACUCGGGCUGGAGCAGCUUCACCACUGGAGCCAGCCGGUUUGCCUCGGCAGCCAAGGAGGGCGCUACAAAGUUUGGAUCCCAAGCGAGUCAGAAGGCGUCCGAGCUGGGCCACAGCCUGAACGAGAACGUCCUCAAGCCUGCGCAGGAGAAGGUGAAGGAGGGAAAGAUUUUUGAUGAUGUGUCCAGUGGGGUCUCUCAGUUGGCGUCCAAGUGCCAGCACCGUCUUUGCUGCCAUCAGUCCCACUGCUCUGCGGGCCAUUUGGAGCGUGCAUUUUGUCCUGUUUCCUGGCAUGAGGCGCUCUGCGGACAGACGGGGAGGGAAGAGCAGGCCUCGCUCCUCUCCCCCAAGCAUGUGGUGGGAGCUCUUGAGGUCUGUGCACGAGGCUGUCCUCGCUGCCAUGUCCCACACUACCUGGCGCCGCUGCAGAGUGGCCGGGCGCGUCUGUGUCUGUCCAGGGAGUCGGUAGUAAGGGAUGGCGGGACGUCACCACCUUUUUUUCGGGGAAAGCAGAGGGCCCCUUGGACAGCCCCUCGGAGGGCCACAGUUAUCAGAACAGCUGUCCGGACCACUUCCAAAACAGCAACAUAGACCAGAGCUUCUGGGAGACCUUUGGAAGUGCUGAGCCCACCAAGACCCGCAAGUCCCCGAGCAGCGACAGCUGGACGUGCGCGGACACCUCCACCGAGAGGAGGAGCUCGGACAGCUGGGAGGUGUGGGGCUCGGCCUCCACCAACAGGAACAGCAACAGCGACGGCGGGGAGGGCGGGGAGGGCACCAAGAAGGCAGUGCCGCCGGCCGUGCCCACUGAUGAUGGUUGGGACAACCAGAACUGGUAGGGCCCACCGCGCCCCCAUCCCCAGCGCCCCCGGGCGACUUCGUGUUUGCACUCUGCCCUCAUCGUUCCUCCUCCUUCCAUUUGACCCAAGAAUCAGCAACUGCAGUGUGAGGACAGCGUCUCGGGAGGCAGGACCCUAGGGAGACCCGGGUGCGCGCCGCCUGCGCGUGGGGAGUCUCGGUGCGUGGGGGCGGCUUGCUGUCCAGCCUGUGUGGGGGCCGUCCUGUCCCACACUCCCCUGGGCCUUCUUGGACUCAAGGCCGGGGCUCUGCGUGGCUUGCUGGGAGGUGGGCUGCAGCACAGAGGCCUGUGACCGCGUUCCAGCGGCCGGUUCACUACGCAGUGUCUCUGGGGCCUGGGACCAGCCACGUGCCGAGCUGUCAGCGACGUGAGGUGUCCCUUCUCGUUGAGAUAUUUAACUUUGGCUUUGCUCUAGUUCUUUCUUUUUGAAGAGAGUGACUGGAGUGGUAAAGAUGGAAAUGCUGGAAACGAUACUGGCGCUCACGCUGCCAUCCGACCACCCUCGGCUCCCGAGUCCACGCCUGCCUGGGCCUGUGCUGUCAAACCCGCGUCGGUCGUAACCCUCUGUGGCUCCCCUGCAUCAGCACCAUCCCACCACCAAGUUCACCAGGUUCACCAGAGACGGCCUCCACAAUAGCCACACCCACACCUGAGCUGUUCUCAGUGCUGAAACUUGACCAUCCUGGAACACCCUGGAAGAAAAAGGAGCGCAGGGUGGGCCUUCGGCCCUGAUGCAGGAGGGUGCGAUAGCGGACGUGGCCAGGCAGGAGGGGCCGGGUUCAGGAGCUGAGCAGGGGAUGCCUGUGCGUGGUGCCUGGGUCUAGGGAAGCUCCAGCCCCGGGAUGGGGCUGCCCUGCACACCGGUGCCCACCACAUGCCAACCCUCACCUCCCCGAGGACUGGAUGAUGUGCUGCCACGUGUGACUCGUCUCCCUUGUCCGCCCUGUGUGACCCUCAGUCUUGCCAGCCAUGCAUGCGCCCGAAGCUCGUGCAGUUUGUACGUGAGGUGCUCUCUUCCCUGCCACCGUGCUCAUCACUGUGGCUUUGGCCACGCUCCCUGGUCACCCCACUUCCUGGUCGCCGUCUGCAGCGCUCCUGGAGCAGCCUGGGCCCUUCAGCCCCUGUGCUCGUCCCACCCUGGGGACUCAGCCACUUGCAGAACAGGAUGGGACCGAGAUUUCAGCGAGCCCUCCUGGCGCCCGGUCCUCCCUGUGGGCACCAGCCCUCUUGGUAGCUGGUGUGGAGGGCCGGUGUCCUUGGCUGCCACGGAGGGAUUUGAUCACCGAAGCAGCCACCUGCUGUAGUUGGACCUGAGGUCAGAGGUGGGGGAUCAGAGGCUCAAGGUGCUGAGAAGCCACCGGGAAAGCGGCCAGCACAAAGGGCCCAGGAAGCCAGCCCCCGAGAGCUGAGCGUGGGGGUCUUUGCGUGUCUUUCUCCAAGCUGAGACGUGGGCGGCCGCGUGGUAUCUCCCGAGGGCUGCUUGGACCCUGGUGGGCUGAGUGCUCCGAGGAGGGGUGGACUCCACCCUGGACAGUGGGAUGUGUUGUUCCAUGUGCCUGUUUCCACGCCAGCACCUUGACUUGGCAGCAGGGAGCCAAGGUCUGUCCCCACCCAGGAGGGUGCCUUCCUCGGAGGUAGGGGGACGGCCCACUCUGCCCCAGGGAGUCCCUUUUGAUGGGAAGUGCAGUCAGCAGCGUGGAGGUGUCUGGGCCACCUUCAGAAGGUGGAUGUGGUGGCCGAGACCCCGUCCACGGAGGGUGACGGCCUUUCCCUUCCGCAGGUGCGGGCAGGUGGGCCUGGGACCGGUGCUGGGGCCUCUCCUGGCUGUGUGUGAGGGCCCGUGUGGAAGGCGCAGACCUGACAGCAUUCCAAUAAAGCAUACGGGAACAUGCA